AUGGCAGCUACCAAGAGGAAAUGUCGUGGAGACUUAGCUAUCAAGACCAAGAGACCAAAAAGAGACGAAGAAGAUGUCAGACCACCGGCUAAGCUUAACGACACAGCCGAAGAGGGGAAGGAGGAAGAUAGAGACCGUAUCCCAGGCCCCGUUUGCAAGGGCAAGUGGAAGAAUAAGGAACGAAUUCUCAUCUUUUCUUCCAGAGGAAUAAAUUUCAGAACAAGACACUUAAUGCAAGACUUACAUCGCCGUAUCAUAAGAUCCAUCACAGCUGCAAAAUACAGAGAGAAGCAGCAAGUGAAAGACGUGCAGAAGCUGAGAAAGAAAGAGCCUAAGACAGUGCUUCCACACGACCCCACUGCAGAUGUUUUCGCUACGCCUGCUGAGGAGAAACCGGUAGAAAUCGAGUGGGUAAAACCAGAGCCGAAGGUUGACUUGAAAGCAAGGAAGAAAAGGGUGUACAAACGGCAAAGAAAAAUGAGGCAGAAGCUGAGUGCUGGGAAUGCAAAAUGA